UUCAACUUUGCCUCGCACUUCGAAAAAUUAAAACAUCACAUUGUCGUCAUUUUCUUGUGGUUUUCUAUUUCCACCAUUAAAGCUCAAGAAAAGAAAAGAAAAGGCUAAGAGAGAGAGAGAGAAAGAAAAAGAGUUACUUUACUCUCUUCUUUCUCUGCAAAUCUGACAGAGGAGAAGAAGAAGAACCAAGCGCUCUUUGAUUAGAAGGGUGGAUCUUGAUAAUUGAGAGAUCUUCUUGCAAAACAUGUCUUCUUGGGUUCGAUUCGCAAUUGAGCAAAAAGACGGUACCUUUGCGUACCCGCCGCCUCCGCCGCCACCGUCUUCUUCCGGUAACAGAAUCAGCCCGGCGGUUCUAUUCGUGAUUGUGAUUCUAGCUGUCUUGUUCUUCAUCUCUGGCCUUCUUCAUUUGCUCGUUAGGUUUCUCACCAAGCAUCCUUCGAGGUCUAAUAGAUACCCCCAGAUCUCAACUACUGAUGCUCUCCAAAGACAGCUUCAACAGCUGUUCCAUCUUAACGACUCUGGUCUUGACCAAGCUUUCAUCGACGCUUUGCCUGUUUUCCACUACAAAGAAAUGGUCGGUGCCUCCAAGGAGCCGUUUGAUUGUGCGGUUUGUCUCUGUGAGUUUACUGAGAAAGAUAAGCUGAGGCUGUUGCCGACGUGUAGCCACGCUUUUCAUCUUAACUGUAUUGACACUUGGCUUCAGUCUAACUCUACUUGUCCUCUUUGUCGUGCCACUCUCUUCUCCCCUGGUUUCUCCAUGGAGAAUCCCAUGUUUGACUUCGAUGAUAUAAGAGACGACGAAGCCGAGAAAGCUAUGGAGAUUCAAGAAGUCGUUGUGGAGAAAGGGGUUUUACCGGUGAGGUUAGGGAAGUUCAAGAGGCUUGACAAUGUUGGUGGUGUUGUUGCUGGUGGAGGUGAGACUAGUAGUAGUAAUCUAGAUGCGAGGAGAUGUUUCUCAAUGGGUUCUUAUCAGUAUAUACUCGCUAACUCUGAGCUUAAACUCCCCUUUUGCAAAGAUAGGCAACGGCUUUUGAAACCUCAAGACAAAGAAUCUCAGGAGCAGAUUGGGGAUUCUUCAUCAUCAUUAUCAUCAGAUGAGAAGAAGAUCAGUACUAGUGUUGUGGCUAAAGGAGAGAGCUUUUCAGUUUCAAAGAUUUGGUUGUGGCCUAAGAAAGAUAACUUCUCUUCAGAUGCUCAGAGAAGGUUGCCUUCUUCUUCCCUUAACGUUGAUGAUCUUCCAAAACUUCCAUGGUUGGAAGAUCAUAAGAAGCUGGAGAACAAUGAAAGUUAGUAGUACUAUCUUUUGCUCAUUUUUUAAAAUGGAUAAGAUUUAGGGUUUACUGAUUAUAUUUUGGGGGCGUUUUCCAGUCAUCUCUUGUAACAUAUUUUGCUUAAAAGGUUGUUAAUGAUAUGAGAUCAAAGUUAGUGGAUUCCUAAAGACUGAUGCUUUAGCUUUAUUUUUAUUAUUAUCUUUGUCUCUU